UGUGAAACCUCUCCGCUAUUUUCCAGGCAGCAGCAGGAGGCCGGAGUGCGGAACGGCGGGGCUGAGCUCCACACAAACACCCUCACCGGCAGACAGACAAACGGGAUGGCCUAGCUGUGCUGUUCUGUCAGUGGUCUCUCAGCACUGAGCAACCUGGCCCAGAGUGGUCCCAGUAGGAGCAUACCAGUGGCAGCAGCAGGUUGCAGAGAUGAGUGUGACCUCCUGGUUCCUGGUGAGCAGCGGAGGGACUCGCCACCGGCUCCCUCGGGAAAUGAUAUUUGUCGGUAGAGACGACUGCGAGCUCAUGUUGCAGUCCCGGAGUGUUGAUAAGCAGCACGCUGUCAUCAACUAUGAGGCCGGGACAGAUGAACACAAGGUCAAGGACCUGGGCAGCCUGAAUGGGACUUUUGUAAACGAUGUCCGCAUCCAGGAGCAGAUGUACAUCACUCUGAAGUUAGAAGAUAAGCUGAGGUUUGGAUAUGAUACCAACCUAUUCACAGUGAUUAGAGGAGAACUCACUGUGCCUGAGGAGGCUCUCAAGCAUGAAAAGUUCACCAGUGGCCUCCAAUUCAGCAAGAAGCCAUUCAGCGGUGAAAUAACAACUGCCACAACUGCAAGUAAAUCUCCAACUAAGACCUCCAUAAAAAUGCUGAAGCCCACGAGCACUAGCACCCCACGGUCGGGGCAGAGCAAGGCAGCAGAUGGCAUCACUUCAUCCACUGAGCCAUCAGCUAAACACGUGGACGCUCACAAAGGAGACGAGAGGAUUGUAGGAGAUGUCGCAGCACUGCAUCGUGGGACCCCCUUGUACGGCCAGCCGUCAUGGUGGGGGGAUGGGGAUGCAGAUGAUGAAAACUCCUUCAAACAAGAGACCAAGUCAUCCAGCAAAAAGCAUGACUCUGCUUCAGACAGCAAAGAGGCACAUCGAGGGGAGAAAAUUAAAGAAGACAGCCUUCAUGUGUCUACCAGUCACGAUUCCAGUUACUUUGAGGUCCCUUCCAAGGAAAAUCACAUGGCCAACAACGUUAUCCACGAGAUCCCAACCAAGGACACAGAAGGCGCCAUCACUCAGCCUCACACCACUGCAGGUCACGCCUCCUUCACCAUUGAGUUUGACAACACUUCCCCAGGAAAAGUCACCAUCAAAGACCACGUGUCAAAGUUCACACCAGACCAUCACCGAUCCCGCUCAAAGAAGAGCGGAGCAGGAAGUGGAGGAGCAGGAGGAAGGGAGCUGAGCACGCUCCAAGCCGCUAUGAUGGCGUCGGAGAGCAAGGUGGCUGAUUGGCUGGCCCACAAUGACCCCACCCUGGUGCGGAGUGAGUCAACGGAGGAAGACAGCAAGAGCAUCAAGAGCGACGUACCUGUUCAUCUCAAAAGGCUGAAAGGUAGAAGUAGCAAACAUGAGGACGGCACCCAGAGUGACUCAGAAAAUGGACUGGGCUUGCGUUUUGCUAGUCACCGCCACAACCUUGAGGAGCGCCUAAGAGCAGCGCACAGUACUGGUGGGUCCGGAGGAGGAGGAGCGGGAGCUGGAGGAGCUGCGGGAGGGAACAUAACAGUGAGCGGGACCCGAGCCACUGGAACCCGAACUGCUUUUAUGAUCGAGUUCUACGACGAGGAAAACCCUCGUAAACGACGCUCAUAUUCAUUUUCCCAGACUGCACCGCUGCUUGGGGGUGGUGUUGGUAGUGAGGGGCUGUGUCCCCAGCCCCCUGCUCACCCCAAAGUGUUCAGCAUUUCCACUUCUGCUACUACAGCUUCAGACUCAGGGAAGGUUCCUGCUCCAAUACCAGCUACGGUGGCUGUAGGUGCCCCGACAGCUGCCCGCGUGCUUCUCAAGCAGAGGUCUGAGGACCCGAGUAUCAGUCGGAGCUCGGCUAGUACUGGCCUUGCCACCGGUAGCCCUACAAGCCCCAGUGAAGACGCCUCAGCAGUCGGGAGAGGAACGGAGACUGCUGGAGGGGACGCAGCUGACGACCACAGUGAUAAGGGGACUUAUACUAUUGAACUAGAAAACAGGAACCCAGAGGAGGAGGAGGCCAGACGCAUGAUAGACAAGGUGUUUGGAGUUCAGCAGAACCAUGAUUCUUCUGCUUUGUCAGACCCAAAAGUAAAAGGUGGAGAAAAGACAACAGCAGAGACUGAAAAAGAGUCUGUUCCUGGCGAUUCCAGCUGGGUCUCUCAGUGGGCCAGCCUAGCUGCCAAUCACACCAGGACAGACCCAGAGGGCUCGGGGGCGGAGACAGCCACUUUCCUUCUUAAAGAGAGAGGACCAGAUGCAUUUGACUCAAGCGUGUCCCUCAGCAGAGGGGAAUCCUCAUCCAGUUUGACCGACCGCAAGCGCAGGACACUCCCGCAGCUCCCAGUAGAUGCCAAAUCUGCAUCCAAAGCUGUGAGACCGAGGUCUGAGAUUGGGGAGAAACAGGACACUGAGCCCCAAGAAAAAGAGAACAAGGGAGACGGGGAGUCAACAACUCUCAUGGAGAACACGGAGAUGGCCAGCAGAAGGAAGCAGAGCUCCGCCUCCUCUCCAUCUAAACCUCCUCUCUCUGGCAACUCUGAGAGGAGGAAGAGGUCAGAGGAGAGGAAAAGAGGGGGAGACACGGGCGAGAAGUCGGCUAAGCCUCUUGUGCGCCAGGGCAGCUUCACAAUUGAGAAGCCGAGCUCUAGUGUCCCAGCAGAGCUCAUUCCACGCAUUAACAGGGGCGGCAGUGGGCGCGAGCGCAGUGACUCUGUGGGCAGCAUGGAUACGGCUACGCUUUUGAAGGACACUGAAGCAGUUAUGGCGUUCCUCGAGGCCAAAUUAAGGGAUGAAAACAAACUAGACCAGAAAAGCAGUAAAACCAGUGGUGCUACUCAGGGGUCGAGCUCGGGCUUCCACCAUCGAGCUGAUUCCAUCUCUCCUGAGUCAGACGUGGACACGACCAGCACCGCCAGUCAGGCUGCCACGGAGGCAGACAGGAAAGCAGCAGGCGGCAUACAAAAACGACGCUCCCUUAGCACUUUGCACCGUGAGAAAAGUAACAUGAGCACAACUUCCAAGACAAGUGUCACAAAUGCCAGUGCCCGUGAACGGCUGGAGAGGAAGACCAAAACCAGAUCUACAGAAGUGUCGAGUCGGAGCGAUUCACGCCGCACCAUUCACCCAUCGUCCACCUCCUCCAGAGGACGCCAGCCUUCACUAGAUCUUACCGAUGAUGACCAGACCUCAUCCUUCCCCAUCUCGGACAUCCUCUCCUCAGACCAGGAGACCUACUCCGGAUCUGCUUUGGGGCACUCCGUACAUGGGCGGAGUUCACAUAUCUCCACAGAUGAUGCCUUCCAAUCCAAACUUGAUAGUAGGUCUAGUAAGACCUCCACCAGUGGGUCCUGCAAAACCAGCCGCACACUCCAAGCGACAACACCACCCCCUGUAGGAAAGCAGCCCUCAUUGCCUCAGCCACGACCCACGAGAGCCUCGCUUCUACGCCGCGCUCGACUAGGUGAUACGUCUGACACAGACCUAGCUGAUGCAGACAGGGUGUCUGUUGCGUCUGAAGUGUCCACCACCAGUUCCACCUCUAAACCCCUCUCUGGUCGGAAGGGAAUGUCACGGCUAGACAUGCUUGCUCAGCCUCGUAGGACCCGCGUGGGCUCCAUCUCAGCCCGCAGUGACUCAGAGUGUACAGUGACCCGGAGCUCCGCCUCUUCACCACGCCUUUCUACUGAGACUGCUCUGCGCCUGGGCUUACGGUCAUCAGCACCCACGGAGAACAGGCUGACACCCAGGAUGAGGGCCAACAGUGUGUCCAAACUGAAUGAAGCCAAGACUAAGACUGCUACAGCUGGUUAUUGCUCACCUACAGAAAGCUCUCAGCCUGAACCUGAGGGUGGUGCACCCGCAGAAGAGCUGAUGGUGGCCAGCAGCAGCAGGUGGAGACGUCUGCCACCGGAGUACGGCUCCACAUCAGAGGAAGAGUUCAGCUCUAUCCGUAACUCUCAGAAGCAAGGAGGGCGGCCCCACCUGCGCCCCCAUCAUCUCGUCCCCCACCGCAGUUCAAGACUCACUACCAUGACGAGUCCAGGUUCUGGCAUGGCCACGGGUCCGGGUGGAAGUGGGAUCAAACAUCGUAUGAAAGAGCAAGAGGAAUAUAUCAGGGACUGGACAGCACACAGCGAAGAGAUAGCCAGGUUAUUCCCCUGUGUGCGCAGGAUCAGCCAGGACCUGGCUAAGGACUUGGCUAUCUUGGCACGUGAGAUCCACGAUGUGGCCGGUGAGAUUGACUCGGUCAGCUCAUCCGGCACAGUGCCCAGCACCACUGUCAGCACCGCCGCCACCACCCCGGGAUCGGCCAUCGACACCCGGGAAGAGGUAGGCCCUGCACGUCCCACCACGCAGCAGGAUAUUCAAGAGAGCAUGAAAAAGCUGGUCGAUCGGGUGUUCGACGAGAGCCUCAACUUCAGGAAGAUUCCUCCUGUUAUUUCUACCACUAAAGCGCCAGAGGUCAACGGUAAGCCAGUGGAGCUCCGUCCCCGUGCACCUGACAGUCUGGAACCCCGCCCUCUGAGGAGACGCACCUGGAACCGAGAGGAGGCGGUGUUGGACAGCCUGCUGCUCCAUUCAGUUUCUCAGUUAUCCACGAAGCUCAGACACUCUGUUGACAAAACAGCAGGAAAAAUCAGGAUAUUGUUUAAGGACAAAGACAGGAACUGGGAUGAAAUUGAGAACAAACUGCGAUCGGAGAGUGACAUACCACUCCUGAAAACCUCCAACAAGGAGAUUUCUUCAAUUCUGCUUGAACUGAAAAGAGUUGAGAAGCAGCUUCAAGUGAUCAAUGUGAUGGUAGAUCCAGAUGGGACCCUGGAUGCCUUAGCCAGCAUGGGCUUGACGAGCCCUACCACCCCUACAACCUCAAACUGCCAAACAACCAGCCCGGCUUCCCAGCCCCCAGCCAAAGAAACACUGCAGGAGAUCCUUCCUGGUCCUGGAGUCCCACCAGCCUCCACCAGGGUUCAGGGUUCCUCGGCACAUGCAGAAGGGAUUCUGGCACAAGAUAACUGCGUGGGUCAGGGGUUAACAGGCGUUGGAGGACUGGCAUUCAACCGCAUGCGGCCAAAUGGAGAAGAGGCCAUUGCACAGAAGUGAUGGAUGACAGGAGAUGAUUCCUUAAAAUUUGUUUUUUUUUUUUGUGAGUACAGAAGUCAGUAUUGACGUGCAGGUUGUCUGUGUUCACAGGCAAGUGGAAAAAAAACUAAACUCUUCUGCCAGCCAUUUUGCUGAUAUCAUGAACCUAAGAGAUUAUGGAUAUGCCAUGAAC